CCGCGACUCACCCGUGAAUCUAUGGUAAGGCCCGAUAUCUUCCAGAAUCAAACGCAGACCUUUUAUCGCGAAAGCACGUCAACCGAAAAACCACCGAAGAAGCUCGGGCGGAAGCAGCGUGCUAUACGACUCCGGAGACAGAGACAGGGAAAUGAGGGGGUUGCUCUGAGGCACUUUAACAAGCCUUCAAAGCCACCCAAGACCAUGAAAAAUGAAGAGUUCAAUUUUACAGAACGGGCGAGAGCGAUCACUCCCCGCCCAGAUAGCAGCCGCCCUCCUAGCAAGAGCUACAAGGCAUCCCGUGGUGAUCGAGCGGCAGACUCCCGGCCAUGCUCGCCCCCAUUCCCAAACGGCAAGGGUACAGCCAGAACGGGCGCAUCCUCUUCCGGCCCACCCCACACGUAUGACAACCCGGACGGGCAAACGGGUCACAGCCUGGCACCAGGACACUACCCUGGUGAAAACUACUAUUAUAGUCCACCAAUCUACAAUGGCUGCAAGUUUCCAACAGCAUACUCCACGGCUGAAUCGGGAGCGCUUCAGGUACCGCGCUUGACGUCCUCUUACGACUCGCAGUAUGGGAUGAGGAAGUCUUUCGGUACUCACGGCACUGAAGUGGUCGGCGUCGUUCCAAGUAUGGGACCACAGCUCUUGCCCAUGCCUGCCAUGUUAGCACCCAGGAUCUCCUCGCCGUGGAUGAUGUGAGUUACCCCGACUUUCCUCAGAGAAGAGCCAGCACUAAAAUGUGACCUGAUUGACCAUUGCAGUUGCCAAUUUUGUCUCUCCCGACCAGUUAUGUUUGCGACGUACCCUGAUCAGCAGCGAAACUUGUCGCCGAAUCAUGAAAUUUACUAGUUGCUGUCAACCCUGUAUUAUCGAUAAACUUAGGAAAG